AACACCAAUUACUUCAAAUCGAAAUCAAUAAAAAUCUCAGAUUGAGUAGUACUUGAGAGAUCAAAUCAAAGUCCAGAAUCUACAGAAAGCAAAUUCUCAGAUUGAUUCGUCAAAAACCUAUUACCUUGAUUUUUGUUCCCCUUUUGGAGCACUGCACAUCUCACAGGUAUAAUAAGAGGAUUUGUUUCUGUCCGUAAUUUGCUUGGAUGGCAUUGCGUACUGUUGGUUUGAUUCGAGAUCAGAAUAUAAAUGUUCACUACAAUGGAGCUUCUGUUACAAGCAAGGAAAAUAUGGCUACUGCACCGAGGAAAGGUGGUAUCGGUGGAAGGAAACCACUUAGUGAUCUACAAAACUCAGUGAACUGGAUGACAUUGAACAAGGAGAACUCUAAAAUCCUUUCUUUCACUGAGAAAGAGACCACCGUCUCAAAACUCACACACGAUUCAAGCAAGAAGAAGAGUGUCGACAAAGCCUUAGAGAAACCUCAAGUUGGUGGCCGGAAGGCUCUCUGUGACAUUUCAAACUCGGGUAAGCCAAACUUGAAGGAGACAUCAAAGAAGAGUCAAACCUCGAAGUUUACCAUUUUGGCAGAGAAUCCAAUUGAACCCGAAGACAUUGCGAAGGAAGGAUUUCUACACAAUCAUGAUGGAUGUGUCAACGCUCAGAAAAAAACUAUAAGCAAUAACGAGUUCUUGCAGAUACUUGGAUUAGAAGAUUUCUCCAAACCGCCUGCAUCUGCAAAGGGAACUCAUAUGCCAAAUGAAAUGCCCAUGAGUCCUUUGAGGAACUUCGAGGCUAAAGAGAUGACUGAUCUGCUGAUCGAAGAUUGGUCUCCGCCGAAGCAUAAAAUGUCGACAAAACUCAACUCUGCUCCACCUAGUCCAGGGCCAAUGGACUGUUCUAUGCACUGGAACGAUCUCACAUUUGAGUUGAUCGGAUCACCAUGAUGGGUGAAAGCAUUGUUUUCUUUGCUUCUUUGCGAAAAAACCCUUGUAUGUUGGUGGACCGCAGUUAUUUUGGUAAUAAGUAAAAUCUGGCAACUUACUUUGGCUGUUAUUUCCGUAUUUAGUUGAAUCGUGUGCUACAUUUUACAUUCGUUUAGGGAUGACAAUAGAAUGAGAGGGUCGAAAUUUA